UCAUUUAAGAGAAAAAACAAGGGCAAAUAAUGGCAGUAUUGUUUGAACCCACACCUUUGCCUUCUGCUGGACAAAUGGGUGGUGUUGACGCCCAAAUUCUUUCUCAUAUGAUCAGUUGUAAGACCGUUGUUUCACAUGCCAAAGCCGAGAUCGAAGCCAAAACCAGAAAGAGAGUAGGCCUGACGGAGAGAAACUGUUUUUUGAGGUUUGGAAAUUGGAGGCUAGUGCCCUUGAAUGAAUCUCGUGGACAAAGUUAAUGCCCACCCACUCAAGCUACUCAUCCUCAUCUGUUCAGCUCAUAGACUAUACCUUUAUCACCUACCCUUUCUUCUUGACAAAAGCCCCCCCUCCUUGUGAAGGAUUUACAGGAGAUUCAAGGUGAGAUCUUGCUUUUAAUUUCGAUCAGACCUCGUCUUUCCAAAGGAAUGAGUUUGAGGUUUGGGUGUUGACCCUUUGAGCUCAUGCCAUGCUGGGUGGAUGAAAGUGGGUUCACUCCUCAUGAAUAUGGGGAUUCCAUCUGCCUUUUGUUUGGCAAUUGGUGGCCUUUACAUCGUUCUCUUCUUUGUUCUCCCAUGGCCCUCCAUCUCAAGCGUCCAGAGAUACAAGAUUUCACCUGGGUUUGGAGCUUCGGAGAUGUCCUGGAUUGACAAUGAUGGCCUAUUUCUGCUUUCCAACAGCUCCAAUUUCGCUUUUGGUCUCACCAUCUACAGUUCUACUAACACCACCUUUUUCUUGCUUGUCGUAAUCCAUAAGAGUAGUUCCACGAUCGUGUGGACGGCCAAUCAAGAUUCACCAGUGAUCCAGUCCGACCUCUUUGUUUUCGACACAGAUGGCAACGCCUACUUGCAGUCCAACGGGAGGAUCAUCUGGUCGACAAACACCUCUGGCAUGGGAGCCACAUCCAUGGAGCUCCUAGAUUCAGGAAAUCUGGUUAUGCUUGGAGCCGACAGUUACGCGCCGCCUUUGUGGCAGAGCUUCAGUCAUCCCACAGACACCGUUCUAUCCAGGCAGAGUUUCUCGGAGGGAAUGAUGCUAGUGAGCAAGCCAAAUCCGCACAACUUAGUUUGCCGUCUCAAGAUGGAAUCAGGUGAUAUGAGGCUCUAUGCUGAUUUCAGACAACCACAACCUUAUUGGUCGAUACAGGAUGACAAGAGGAAAAUUUACAAUCAAGCUGGUGGUACCAUGUACUCUGCUUCUCUAGUUUCUAAUUCAUGGAAUUUCUAUGACCGAAACCAAUCCCUUCUAUGGCAAUUCCUCAUCUCCGGUGAUCCCAUGUUUCCCAAUGUCACAUGGGCUGCAGUCUUGGGUGCAGACGGCUUCAUUACAUUCCAUAGUCUUCCGGAUGGGGCAAGCACCGGCAGCACUACAUCUUCGACCAAUAUACCUUCAGAUUCAUGUGAUACGCCCGAACCCUGUGAUCCUUAUUUUAUCUGUCACGAAGGUACUCGGUGCCAGUGCCCUGCGGUUUUAAGCUCCGAUGACAACUGCAAUCCUGAUGUGGUUUCCCCUUGCAGCUCCUCCGCCUCAUCCUUCAACCUUGCCAAGCUCGAGGAUGGGGUCGGCUACUUUGCAACCAGCUACACCUCACCAAUGACUUCCAAAUCCAAUCUCUCGGCUUGCCAAGCAUCCUGCUUGGGCAACUGCUCAUGCCUCGCACUGCUCUUCCAUCCAGGAUCUGGAAAUUGUUUCUUGUUUGAUGAGAUCGGGAGUUUUCAGCAAUCCGGCAGUGGUUAUACGGCUUUCAUUAAAAUAUCAGGUGGCGGCGGCGAUGCCCCCGGUGGUGGCGGUGGCGGGCAUAACUCAAUCAUUAUAAUAAUCAUUUGCGUCACCACUGUGCUUGUUAUAGCUGGCCUAAUUUUCAUUGCAUAUUGGAUUCUUAAAAAAAAAAGAAAGCAACCAGCUGAGCCACCAUCACCAUGUUCAUCAGAAGAAAAUAGCUUCUUGGAGAACAUGUCCGGAAUGCCAGUUCGUUUCAGUUACAGAGAACUUACUGCAGCUACUGAUAAUUUCUCUGUCAGAUUAGGCCAAGGUGGGUUCGGCUCAGUCUAUCUAGGAAAGCUUCAAGAUGGCACCCAAGUUGCAGUAAAGAAAUUAGAACACAUUGGGCAGGGAAAGAAAGAAUUCCGGGCUGAAGUAUCCAUAAUUGGAAGCAUCCACCACGUCCACCUUGUCAGGCUCCGAGGAUUCUGUGCUGAAGGUAUUCACCGGCUUCUCGCAUAUGAGUACAUGCCCAAGGGAUCACUAGACCGAUGGAUCUUCAAGACGCACAAAGAGGGCGCGCAGUUACUGGACUGGGAUAGGAGAUAUAACAUUGCUCUGGGGACGGCCAAAGGUCUGGCUUAUCUUCAUGAGGACUGUGAGUCCAAAAUAGUCCAUUGUGAUAUCAAACCUGAGAAUGUACUUCUUGAUGAGAACUUUGAGGCUAAAGUGUCUGAUUUUGGGUUAGCUAAACUGAUGACCAGAGAACAGAGUCAUGUGUUUACUACUCUUAGAGGCACGAGGGGCUACUUGGCACCAGAAUGGCUCACCAACUAUGCUAUAUCUGAGAAAAGUGAUGUUUAUAGCUAUGGAAUGGUUUUACUAGAGAUCAUUGGAGGGAGGAAGAAUUAUGAUCCCCGGGAGACCUCGGAGAAGGCAAAUUUUCCUUCUUAUGCUUUCAAGAUGAUGGAGGAGGGAAGGCUGAGGGAUGUUUUGGAUGAGAGGUUGUUGAAUUUCAUUGAGAAUCAGAAGCACAAAGAAGAGGAUUCCAGAGUAGAGACUGCAAUCAAGGUGGCAUUGUGGUGCAUACAGGAGGAUAUGUCCUUGAGACCAUCCAUGGGAAAAGUUGUGCAGAUGUUGGAAGGGGUGACUGAGGUACCUCAUCCUCCCACAUUGUCUAAGAUGGCCUUCAGGCUGUAUGCCAAUGUGUUCAAGCCUCUUACUUCAAGUGAGGAAGGGACAUCAUCAGGACCCUCUGAUUGUAACAGUGAUGCAUUACUUUCAGCUGUGCAGCUCUCGGGUCCAAGGUAGCUCCGGCUUUUCCAAUGUCAGCUUAGGUUGAUUCGUUUUUUUUUGGUUUGCGUUAUUUUCCCUUUGUUCGUAAUAAACCUUUGUGUGUACUAGUUGUUCAUACUUGACAUGUAGAGCUUUUGGGAUACCUCUUUUUAAAAAAAACCAUCUCAAAGCAUGCUAUUUUUGA